UAUGAAUGAGAGUAAACGUAUAUAAAUAAUUUGUCAAUAAUGUCAAAUUUGCAGAAUUCUACAGAGUAUAUCCUCAACUUUUGAUGACUGUAAUGAGAAGUAAACGUCGCAUUUGUGUUUAUAUCAAAUUUCUUAUCCUUUAAUACAAUAGUAUGAAAAAUUUUCUAUGCGAAGAUAGAGGUUAUAUGCGAUAAAUACAAGUUCUACAUCAAUCAAAAUAUAUACAGAUGAUCGGAUGACACAUAUCAAUGAAACAAUGAAUACAAUGAACAAAGCGGAAGAGGAGCACAUUGAAAAGACAUUUAUCUACAAAUUUCCGACAUGCACUACAAAUCAAGAAUACACAUUGGAAAUUCCAAUAAAAAUACCAUAUCAUGGUUCCAUAAAAGAAUUGAUGCAUCGUAUAAUGUCAUCGUUCAAGCUACCAUGUUACAUAGAAUCAGACUUGUUAGAAACUCUGCAACAUAGUAUCAAAGAGUUUACGCUGCAGUUUUAUGAUGAUAAAUCAGAAAAACUUAUCGAAGCUGCCAAAACAGGCACUCUGGAUUUAGAAGAUAUAAUUAAAAAUUGGGAGAAGAUAUACAAACAGAAGACAGUGGAAUAUUCUGAUCCCAUUGGAACUACAGAUGAGGAAUUAUUUGCUGCGGCAUAUCAUAGAUUAGUACAUUCUCCAUCUUUAGAACCAAUUUUACAAGCAGAGCAUAAAUUUGGACGAGAUGUUACUGAAGUAAUUCAAAUGAGAGAUACUGAUUACGACCAUCUCACACAAAAACAAACCGAUGAAAUGCGCGUUGCCGUCGAAGCUCUCGAAGCAGGAUCUACCGAAAAAUCAAUAAACGAUAUGGCAGGUCGUCAUUUCGAAGAACAGAGUUUAUUACAAGGUUAUUGGGGAUCUAGGAUCGAUGCAUUGAGAUUAGAUCAACGUCGACAGUAUCGAAAUUGGAUCAUGAGGAUGCUCGAGGAACAACAAACUAGUAUGAUACCCACGCCGGUCGGUUCGCCUAUGAUACCAUUGCCACCAUUACGUCCGGCUUUAGAUAAAUUCGUUCAUAGCGAAGAAAAACAAAUGACCGAUUAUCCUCUAUUAGAAGAAAGUUUUACGAUACAUUUGGGAUCGCAGAUGAAACAAAUGCAUAAUAUACGUAUAUUAACCGGAGAUGUGCUGGACUUUUGUCGUACCAAAAAUAGUGAAUCUGGGAUGGAUCCAACACCACAAAGACUGCAAACAGCUUUAGGACUAUACUCGAACGAUUUAUGCGGAUUAGUUCUUCUAAGUGAUAACCAUUUAGGCAGUUAUUCCGGAAUAACGAAAGAAUUAUGCUCGAUAUGUCAAUUAACGACAGAAUUCCAUUUUCCGCCGAUCGAUGAACAAUUGGAAAAGAUUCGGGAAGACGUAAAAGAUGCUGUUGCCUGGAGACAGAUGCAUUACAGAGAAGGAAAUGAUCCUCAUACAAAAAAAUCCACGACAAGUAAGAGUUUGCAAACAGGAGAUGUUUUUAUCACGAGACAUUCCAAUCUGGCACAAGUUCACGUAGUAUUUCACAUGGUGGUGAAUGACUCUUUACGAUCUGGUGAUAUCAAUUCAAGGCAUCCUGCUAUUCUGGGAUUGAGAAAUAUUUUGAAGACGGCGUGUUGUAACGAUGUGACAACAUUGACAAUACCCGUGUUACUCGUCCACGAAAUGUCAGAGGAUAUGACGGUCGCUUGGUGCACGAAGCGAGCCGAAUUAGUCUUCAAGUGCGUGAAAGGUUUCAUGAUCGAAAUGGCGUCUUGGGGUGGAGCCGAGCUGAAGAAUCUCCAGUUUCUCGUGCCGAAAGGAAUGUCGGAGGAGGUAUUCGGAACAUUAGCCACAAUGUUGCCCAGCAUUUUUCGAGUAUCAAAUCCGCUGGUUUUCAAAGCUACCAGUACUCCGCAAACCCCGAAAAAGUAAAUGACUCUUGUCUCUGUUAUCAUUGUAUAUACGCGCGAGAAAUAUUGCAAUAUUUAUUACUAUGUGUAUAUCGUCUGUACAUGCAGCUGCAAUUAUCCGUGGCAGGCGCGAAAAAGAUAUGACCCUGUGAAUAAAUGUCUGACUUUUAACGAG